AGGAUGUAUCUACAAGUUACACCACCAGCUGAACACAAUCUUUCUUCUUGUCAUCACACUUGGAACCCUGUUGAGCAUACUGUUUUAAUAACGACAAGGAAAAUUGGCACGCGUCAUUACAGUCUUCUUUCCAUCAAAAGUCACCUUCUUGUCCAAGAUGGCCGUUAACAUUCCAGGAACCAUUGCCAUGUUCUUUUUCUACCUGAUGGUGUUUGGUAUCGGAAUCUGGGCUUUCUUCAAGGCCCGGAGGGAAAAGACCAAACGGGCAACCACCUCCCUGGAGAUGUCGUUGCUGGCCAACCGAAGCAUCGGCUUGUUGGUGGGAAUCUUCACCAUGACGGCCACGUGGGUGGGAGGCGGCUUCAUCGUUGGCCUGGCAGAGAUGGUGUACACCCCCUCCAUGGGCGUGGCCUGGGCCACCAUGGUGACGCUGGGAUACAGCGCUUCUUUUAUGAUUGGUGGUGUCAUGUUCGGUAUGCCGCUUCGUGCAAGAAACUACGUCACCAUCAUGGAUCCUUUCCUGGACAAGUAUGGCAAAGUUCUGAUGAGCGCUUUGUGUGUGACGUCACUUUUCCUCGAUGUCUUCUGGGUUCCCUCCACCCUCAUUGGCCUGGGUGUGACCAUGAGUGUGGUUCUGGACCUUUCUUUCAAUAUUUGCGUUUGGAUCUCAGCGGGGGUGGCCAUCACAUACACACUGCUGGGGGGGCUCUACUCUGUGGCCUACACUGACGUCGUCCAGCUGCUCCUCAUCUUCAUCAGCCUGUGGGCUUGUGUUCCCUUCGCUAUGACGAGUCAACAUGUGGUCAACAUCGGCUCCACACUAAUGAACAACACGCUGCACGCUCCCUGGAUUGGCAGCUGGAAUACCAACAACUUCUGGAUCCUUCUGGAUAAUUUUUUCUUUUUGGCGCUGGGCAGUCUGGGGUAUCAGUCCUUCCACCAGAGGACGCUGUCAGCGGCGUCUCCUGCGACCGCCAAGCGUCUGUGCUUUAUCGCCGCCUUUGUCAUCCUCAUCUUCGGCAUACCUCCCAUCCUGCUGGGGGCGGUGGCGGCAUCCACAGACUGGAACGCGACAUCGUACGGUUCUCCAUCACCAUGGGAGCGGGGGGAGGCGGCGCUGGUCCUGCCCAUGGUGCUGCAACACCUCACCCCCCCUUACAUCUCCAUCCUGGGGAUCGCAUGCGUGGCCGCUGCUGUGAUGUCAUCUGCAGACUCCGCCCUGCUUUCCGCGGCGUCCGUGUUCUCAUCCAACAUCUACAAGAACAUCCUGAGACCACAGGCAUCCGAACGAGAGAUCGAGGUUGUCAUUCGCCUCACCGUAGUCGUGGUGGGUGUGACCGGGGCGGCACUUACCAAGCUGAAAACCAGCGUGAUCCUGUUCUGGUUCGUGGGCGCCGAAGUGGCCUACAACGUCAUCUUCCCUCAGCUCGUCUGUGUUGUCUUCGUCCACAUCACCAACGGUUAUGGUGCCAUCAUAGGCGGUGUGCUGGGCUUCCUGAUUCGACUGUUGUGCGGUGAUCCGCUGAUGGGCCUGACGCCUGUCAUCAUCUUCCCGGGAAGCACUCUGGAGGACGGGACUCAUGUGCAGCAUUUCCCGGUCAAGACCUUCGCCAUGCUGUGCUCCCUUGCCGCCAUCUUGUUCUUCUCUUUCUUGACAUCUCAGCUUUUCAACAGAGGACUACUUCCUGUCCGCUGGGACGUCUUCCACGUGACCGCUCAGACGGCCGACCCCACACAGCAGCGGCACGGGUGUGCAAACGGCAGCGCCGAUGCUUCUGAGCACAUGAUGAGCAGCGAGCAUCCACCAGGGGGCGCCACCAUAGACCUCAAGGACAAACUUUGAUUCAACAUCAACUUUAUUGAUGAUAACUAGUGACUUUGGUAUUACUCACACUGAACUCUCAUCAAAUUGAUUCACUUGACUAGUAGAAGAUAACACGAUCUCAAUAAUAAAAUGCAAUUGCGUCAACGAGAAGGAAGGUAGAAGGUUACAAUGGUCCCUCAGGACGGCAUUCUGUAUCCAGCCGACCAAACUGUUAGAAAAUAGUGCUAAGACUGAUCGGAGUAAGUACACGAUUCCAUAAACUUUUCCUCUCGAAUUUGGAUUCAAUAAGUGGAAACAAUAUUGCAUAUAGCACGAAAUUCAUGACCAUGCUAAAUAAGGGUGCCAGAUUCAGACAAAAAGUGUCACCGUACAUGACUAAAACACCCUGUCUGUACAAGUAAUGCCUUAAAAAGGCAGUCAAAAGUCAUCAUUUUAACUACAGCAAAGCAUGCUGGGAAAUGCAUAAUCUGCCCAUUCCACAGUUGCAAACUAUUCCUGGUUUCACAUUUCACGGAUUGUUAUGUUUUUGUGUUGAAAUAAUUUUCGCUUUUGCCAAACAUCGAGAUAAUGAUGGUGGUUGAUUGACGAUAACUUUAUUAAAAUGAACAACUACGUUAUCCACGUACAAUUAAGUGCCAAGGGGGUUGUCUUUGCGUUCACAGCACUGUUUAUUUUUCUUUAA